AGUAACUGCAAUGCGAUGACAUCUUUUUCCCAAUUCUCAUUCCAAAGACCCAGCUUCUCGAAUCUAUGGAUGCUAUCGAAUAGUUUGGCACUCCUUGUUUCUUCCAAAGUGCCUUAGACCAACUUACAGCCCCUUCCAACAUGUCACUAAGUCCGCCUGCCUACCUCAGCAACCUGCAGAACAACAUUAGAGCACGCCCCAUUCCUUGGGAUGGCGCGGUUCGGGCAGGAAACCUCACAGAUGAGCAGCUCAAGAAGAUCAGGUCCGUGGACAAGGUUAGAAAAGAGCAGAGGAAGCAGACAAUCGAGAAGGAUGUCAAGAGCUACAGCGCGCUGCUAGUCGGCGGUGCAGAUGGCCCCAGUGUACUGGAAAAAGCCUCCAAACGAAGCGACAUUAUCCAAUAUAUCCUGGUCCUGGCGACGGACCUGAUCAAUGAUGCGCCAGCGCUUGCAACAACCAUCCUAGAGCACCCGGAACCCUACAAGACUUUCCUUUCAUUCCUCAACCAAUCCAGCAACCCAGAAGACCCAAUACCUCUAUUUUCAGCCACCUUCCUCGUCAACCUCAUUGCUAUUUCUCUAACGGCGUCAUCCAAACCGGCCCCACGAGAUGAUCAAGCCCUUCCCCAAGUCUACUCAUAUUUGGCAAAGCUGGUCAAAAACCAGGACAGUGGCCUGCAGGAUAUCGGAGUACAGCACUUUUCACAGCUGCUGCGUACGACACGGUCGAAAGAGCUGUUCUGGAAGCAGAAACAAGAUACAGUUGAUCCAUUGUUUGAUAUCCUAAGGAAAGCCGUGGGAGCAUCUAAAGACAACGACUCUACGCUAUGGAGUGGAACUACAAGUAUCCGAAGCAACGACACAAGAUUUGGAGGUGGUGUAGGACUGCAGCUGAUGUAUCAUGUCUUGCUUGUUAUAUGGCAGCUCAGCUUCGAGGGCGAAAUGGUGGGCGAAGGUCUCGAACAGGACGAAGAGAUUAUCCCUUUGUAUACACAGCUCUUGCGAAUGUCGCCAAAGGAAAAGACUACUCGCCUGCUGCUUGCAACGCUGAACAACUUGCUAUCAACCAACAAAGACACUUUGAUUGCCGCUGCUACGACUGCCAGGCUUCCAGCCUUACUGGGUAAUCUCUCGGGACGGCAUCUAACGGACCAGGAUUUGCUCGAAGACCUCGAGAAUCUCAAGACAAUGCUUGAGGAAUACACCAAGAAUCAGACAACUUUUGAUGAGUAUGCCGACGAAGUCAACUCUGGUCAUUUGAGGUGGUCACCUCCCCAUCGAAACCCGACAUUCUGGAGGGAAAAUGCUCGCAAGAUUCUUGAAGACAAGAAGGGCGAGCUUCCCAAGAAAUUGACUGAGAUCCUCUCUAAAGGUUGGGAAUCGGACAAAAAGGUACUUGCGGUGGGAUGCAACGAUGUGGGAAACCUGGUCAAAGAAGUACCCGAGUAUCGGUCGACUCUUGAGAGGCUUGGUCUCAAGGCUCGACUACUGGAACUCAUGGGUGAUUCGGAUGAAAACGUAAGAUGGGAGAGUCUCAAAGCUGUUGGAGAAUGGAUGCGAUACACAUUUGACAAAUAAAGAGUCUGGGCUGAUGCCAGACUUGUUUCGAGGCGGGAUCUCCAUCACAAGGUGGAAAUGGAACAGUCAGGUCACCCAAGGUCGACCUCAUAAAGUGCUACGUGCCUAGUAUCUUUGAUCCAAGAGGCGAGCGAGGCACCGUGCGAUCAUCGAUGGCGCAAAUUGCUUGCAAAUACUUUAUCGAUCUCCAGUACGGAGUAGUCAGAGCUAGAUGCUUGACGCAAAACUAGCCUUCGUGGA